AUGGCGAAAUCACUACGUGCCAAAUCACAUCUAAAUGCUAAAUCGAUAAAGCGUACUGCUGUUUUCCAAAAAGUGGUGGAUGAACGUGCUGCUCGUCUAGCCCAGAAGCUGAAGGACAAUCUUUUGAAACAAAAGGAAGAGCAGGCCAAAUCGGGUGAAGCUCCAAUGAAAAUGGAAGUAGAGCAAGAAGCCAAGAAAAUUAGCACUGCAGGGUGGCGUGACGCUAGACAUCUGAACUACAGACGCGCGAAGAAAGCCCGUAAGAACAAUAAGAAGGGCUCUUUCACUAAGUUCUAA